UGAGGAUUCGAGUUACAGGCGUACAGCUGAGGAAUAAGUAUUUUAUUUGCUAAUAAGCAUACAUUUAGGAUAUUAAACGCAUCAAUAAAAGCAAAGUAGCAAGAUGGACGACAAACUUCGACAAAUGGAAGAUGAAAUGAACAGAUUUGAGGCUGAAAUUGGUGGUCAGUUGGUUACUCCAAUGGUCAGACCUGUAAUUGGUGCAAAUACAUAUAAUCAAGUAGCUAGACAAUUGGAGCAACACGAAUUACCUACACCAGUUGUUGCUGCAGCAGCAGCGUCAUUAGCAUUUCCACCUAUGAUUGGGUUUCCACCUCCUCCACCUCCACCACCACCACCACCGCCACCACCUCCUAUGUUAAUUCCACAGCAAGUAGCAAGACAAGGUACGGUUCCUUCUAUUACAACAUAUUCAUCACCUGCACAGAUAAGUAAUCCGUAUUUACCAAAUAUGGUGGACCCGUGUUUAACCGCUACUCCAAAAACAUAUGAAUCCACGCCAGCACCAAUGAUUCAUCCAGACAUUAUUGAACAGAUUAUCAAUACAAAAAUCCCAGAAGAUGAGAUGAAAAAGAAACCAAAGGUGAAAGGAGUUAGCACGGCGGCCGAAUUAGCAAUUAGUCAAGGAAAGGCCAGUUCUAUUAUGGCAAAUGCCAGCGCGGAAGAGACUCAUCCAAAGGGUAAGGGGAAGAAAAACAAGAAAAUUGUUCGUAUGGCUGGUGGACAGAUAUGGGAAGAUCCUUCUCUGUUAGAGUGGGACGACGAUGAUUUCCGAAUAUUUUGCGGAGACCUAGGGAACGAUGUCACGGACGAGAUGUUAGUUAGAGUGUUUGGCAAAUAUCCCAGUUUUCAAAAGGCAAAAGUCGUCAGAGACAAAAGAACGAAUAAAACGAAGGGGUUUGGAUUUGUUUCCUUCAAGGAUCCACAGGAUUUCAUCAAAGCGAUGAAAGAAAUGAACGGCCGUUACGUGGGCUCGCGUCCCAUAAAGCUGCGCAAGAGCUCGUGGAAGCAGCGAAAUCUGGAGUCGGUGCGGAAGAAAGAGAAAGAGAAACAGACGUUAAUCGGCCUUCUGACCGGCCGGUGACGCGAUGGGACUCUCGCCCUUUCAUUUCCUCGGAUCGUCCUCUGGAUCAUCUCGCGAUCGUUGCUUUUCUCGAUGUAACAGCUGUACUUGAGCUCGGGGGCCGCCCUCUUCAAUCGCGAAAAACUUAAUUAAUCAUGAAUUAUGCGAAGAUAAUACAGAAUUAGCCGAUCGAUGAGUUUGAUUCGUUAAUUUUAAAUUAACAAGUUGAUGUACGCAUCGUGAACGAAGCAUUGUUACGAUCGACGACUAUGUAAAAACUGUGCGUAACCCCAUCUGGCCC